CACAUCCAUGCUAACUGAGCAUUUUUGCUGCUCCGUUCAGCGAUAAAGCUCAUCUUUACCGGGAGUUUCAGGUGGAUGUUAGAAUAUACGCCAAAAUGCGACGCCUGGGCUCAGUUCAGCAGAAGAUACCGUGUGUUUUCCAGACGGAGGUGAAGGAGGAGCCGUCCAGAAAACGAGACUGUCAGCAAUUUCAGGUUGUUGCCACUGACAACGUGAACCCUGUCGCUCUGGAGGCGAACGUCGAUUGUGGCCUCGCCACAGAAAAACUGGACGGCACUUGCUGCUACGUUACAGUUUAUAAAGGGAAACCUUACCUCUGGGCUCGACUCGACCGGAAACCGAACAAACAGGCGGAGAAGAGGUUCAAAAAACAUCAGUAUUCUCACAGGAGCUGUAAAGGUUUUAUUUGGAACGUGGAGGAAGAUUUUAAGACGGUUCCUGAGUCGUGGAUCCCAGCCCACAGAGUCAAACACCACAGUGGCCAUCCAGUGCCUGAUGAGCACGGACACAUUCCAGGCUGGGUUCCGGUGGAGAAGGGCAACAAACAGUACUGCUGGCACUCCUCCGUGGUGGAUUACGAGCUCGGGGCGGCUCUUGUUCUGAGGCCGAGCGCUGACGAUGAGGAUGUGCUAGAAGUUGCAGCUGUCCCACUGGGUGACCUCCUGGAACAAACACUGGAGCUCAUUGGAACCAACGUCAACGGAAACCCUUACGGAUUGGGGAGUAAGAAGCAGCCUGUCCACUGCCUGGUGUCACAUGGGAGUGUUCGAAUCAGAAACCCUCCACCAGUGGACUUCCAGCAGCUGUGCUCCUGGUUCCAGGAGAGCCCAGAGGGCCGAGUUGAAGGCAUAGUCUGGCACUGCAACGACGGCACGCUCGUUAAGGUUCAUCGUCAUCACCUGGGACUGAGGUGGCCAGAUGGGGAAACGUGCCUUGGCGACCGGUCGGUGGUCAUUCAUGUCGACGGGACGGUUGAUGAAUACGACAACAGCAAGGACUUGUUCGCAUCCUUCUCCAGACUAAAUGGACACAGCUUCGGCCGACUGCGGGACGUCCAGUUUGACUCAUAAACGCCGGCGGAGGAGAUCAAACGUUCCUGCUUCUGAAGCUUCUGCUCUGAGCCAAUAAGGAUUCAUCGCCUCCUGAUAGCUGCAGGUAUUUUCACCAGUAAUUCCAGAUGAGUACAGCCGAGUGUCUUACAGCCCGGAGUUUGACAUUUGCUUUGCAGAAAUGUGUAAAAAUAACUGACAAACUGUACAUUUUUAGCAGCUAAACUUGUUUAAACUGUUGAAUUAAUAUUCUGUAAAUACUGUAGAUUACAUCUGAAGAAUAAAUGAUAGGUAUAUAAACCUUUUAUAUUUAACUGAUUCUUAUGACAGUCUGAGUAGUAUGGAAGCUGCUUUAUUGACAAAUACAAAGAAACACGGUCAAAACUAUACAAAUAUAAAGAAAUAAAUACGCAACACAGUGGAUUAUAUCACCAAAGCAAGAAUUUAGUAUGAAAAAAAAACAAAAAACAGCUGCCUUAUGGAAGAAACUGACGGAGCUACAUCACUUUACAGAAGCUGUAUUACCUAAAAACCAAUCAGCGGAUAGUUAGAUAGCUGCGAUAUCAAUAUUAAUGUCAAAUAUCUUUGCACUAAAGCUUCAUUUUUCUGUGAUCUACAGAGAUUUCAGGACUGGACAUGUGGAAAUUCUCUAUCAGUGCCAAUACAAAUUGAAACAACCUAUUAAAAAACUCUUUUUUUAAUGAAACUUAAGCUUUAACUAUUAAAUUUUGUCUCAACACAGCAGCCUAAAUAAAAGAAAUUGGCAAUUCUGCUGUAAACCAGGAACUAUUCAAGAAAAACAAAUGAUGAAGAAUAAACAAGAUUAAAAAUCUCAUCAGAAGGGAUGUGCCAUAUAUGUGUGGCUGAUAUAUUGUUAUGGUAUUUGAAGUUGAUAUGCUAAAGCUAAUUGUAAAGAAUGAGCUAAAAAUGGACACUAAUGUAAGCCAGUUCAUUGUUAAAGGCUUGUAGCUGUCUGAACAGUAGUACAUGAAGUUAUUCUAAUGGCUUUGCAGCCUAUACACGCUUGUCAAAAAGAAGGUAAAGUCUGGCAUCAAUUAGUCUUAAACCGAAAUUAUUCUAAACAAGUUUACAAAAAAUAUUUUUUUAUUCUAGGGUAGAUGAAGGCUCUCUAAAUAUAUUAAAAAAAUAAACUUCUACACACCUAAAAUUCAUAUAAAUAUAUAUUGUCUUCUUCACAUUUUUAUAUUUUAAAGUUAACAUCUGUUAUCGUGUCUGUCUCAACCACAACAGAUAGAUGAUAUUCAGAUAGUUAUCGCCCUGAAAUUCCAUCUGCGCCUCUUUACUGGCCUGACUGUUUUUAAUACUAAACGAUCCAGACUGAUUUGUAUCGAGGGAUGACACCCAGCCGACCAUAAAAGUACAUCUGUGUGUGGCUUUAACGUUCCCGGCUCCAUUGAAAGGCACAGUAACCCCGAGUUAACUGAUGGGCACACUGGGAAUUUGAGCCUUCACACCAAACUGAUCACACACCUUCUUCAGCUCUUCCUCCAGCAGAACGUUCUUCUUGACCUCUAAGUUGUAGUUAUACUUCAAGUCCUCAAUCUCUUCGAAAAACGUCGGGUCAAAGCUCUCCAGUUCUUUCUUCAGCUUUUUCACCUCAGUCUGAAGUUUAGUUUUCUCCGUUUCGGCCGUCUGCAGAAGGUUUCUGAGCUUCCCGUAGUCUACGAAUUCAACGAGAGAGACUGAGGUGACUGUUGUUCCAGUUUGCAUCAGGUAUAUAAAGAUGUUCUAUCUGGCGAACUUAAAAUGACUCGAUGUCAUCGCAUACCAGAUUACAAAAGAGCCAACAUGCAGAGAAAAAAACGCAGGUCAUGAUGUUAACAUAAACAUAUAAUCAUGGCUUUCCAGCGUCAGGUUAUCAGAGGUACGUAAACCAACCUAGAAUAACAGAAGAUAGUCUUCAAACUCACAUAUGGUUAAUAAAAACACUCUCGAGGUGAGAAAAAUGACGACAGCAUUAUUAGAAAAGCCAAGUAAACGGGAAAGGUUUGGGAAUCUGACCUUGUUUCGAAGAUGUUUCACCAUAUCGCUCACUGUACUCGUUCAGCCUUUGUUUCAGUUCUGUGUUCUCCUUCUGCAGCUCAGUGUUUACCGAUCUUAAAACAAGAUGAUCCAGAGAAAGCAUGUAAGAAAAUGACGACUACCCACCAUCCAAGCUGUCUAGGUUUGCUCGCACUAAUUUGGUCCUUUACCAGAGACUUGGCAUCAUUUAACUGUAGUGUAAAUUAGGUUUUUUGCUUGAUUAACAGUCAGUAUGACUCAUUAACAACUGUGGGGUACAGGGAACUUAACAAAACCAAAAUCAGUUGUGAAGCUGUGUAAAAUCUAAAUAAAAACAGAAUCAAGUCAUCUGCAAACAAACUGUGUUUACUGAGUUUUCUGAUGAGGUCAAAC